AUGGAUACUUCAAAGGUGGAAGAGCCUUUGGAAAAUUUUGUCAUUUUAACACCAAGACUCAUUAUCCUUCCCACCCCAUACGCCAUCUCAUCAACAUCCUAUCGAAGGCUUUAUGCAUCACUCCACGCAGAUAAAGAAUUCUGCAAUAUGGCAUUUGGUAUUCAUUUCCCGCCUAGGCAAUGGAGCGACGAUGAAACGCGCGAUGUGAUUCAGACACGCGAUAUUGCGCGAUGCUGGAAAGGACGCGGGAUGGGUGACUUUGCCGUGGGGUUACGCCCACCAGAGAUCUCAAUGGGAAGCAGUAACGAUAUUGAGAUUCUAAAGGGAGAUGACUUUGAAGGAAUUUCUUGUCUAAGCAUCGAUAAUUUGAAUGAUAUUAUCUGGGUUGGCUAUGCUGGUGUUCGUGAUGGAACGACGACGUCAAUUCCACCACGAGAGGCCGAUGAUCUUCCUCUUCCACCAUGGAAUGAAAUGGUUGAGGUUCGAUACGGUAUGUCGCCUAUGCACUGGGGCAAUGGACUUGCGAAGGAGGCAGCAGAAGCUGUCAUGCACUGGGCUGUGAAGGAACGAGGCGUGAUCAGGUUCAUCGCUGAAACGGAGAGGCCUAACAAGAGGAGCGCCAGAGCUUUGGAGAAGCUUGGAUUUACUCUCAGUUCCACGAAUUAUUGGAAAGAACCUAGUGAGAUAGAGUGGGAGCGAAUCAUACAAUAA